AUGCAAUCGAUCUUUGGAGAAGAACCCUCUACCGAUGGAUUUACCCUUCCUACGAAAACGGAUUUCUCUGAAUUGAAAUCUCUGGAAUCUACAAAACUUGAGAAUCCUGAACUGAGAUCCCAUGUUGAGUAUUCUCAAGCUAAAGAAAUACCUGCAAAAGUGGCGUGUGAUAUAUCUAAUAAGCUAACGCAUGUAGGGAUCUCAGGGGAAGCUCAAAUGGUGGAUGUUUCUUCCAAAGACAAUACUAAGAGAACCGCAUUGGCUUGCUGUAUAGUUGUUCUCGGUAAAAGAGACGUUGUUUCGGUUCUCUUAGAAGCAUCCCAUGGAAGGAUCCAAGACAUUUGUCAGAAAUGCCAAGAGUCCAAUGUACCUUUGCUGAUUGAUGCGGAAGACACAAUCCUUCAACCAGCUAUCGAUUACAUGGCUUAUUCAUCGGCAAUCUUGUUCAAUGCGGACAAAGACCGACCAAUUGUUUACAACACGAUUCAAGCCUACUUGAGAGACGCGGGUGAGAGAUUGCAUUUGGCGGUAAGCGAAGCUGAGAAAGAGAAUGUUCCUAUGGGAUUUAAGUUGGUGAGAGGUGCGUAUAUGUCUAGCGAAGCUAGAUUGGCAGAUUCAUUGGGUUGCAAGUCACCGAUCCACGACACUAUUCAAAACACUCACGCUUGCUACAACAACUGCAUGACCUUCCUCAUGGAGAAAGCCUCGAACGGAUUGGGGUUCGGAGUCGUUCUUGCAACACAUAACGCUGAUUCGGGUCAGCCAUUGAAUCUCAUUGUAAAAGAAAGCGAGUGA